AGUGCGAUGCAUUGAGUUGUUAUCCGCGUCAAAAUAGUCCUUUCUGACUGACGAGGCACGAGUUCCCGGCAACAGGAAACCAUAUCCGAUGUAAAGUAAUGUUGUGCAGUGAAUCAGAUAGACAGAUAAAACGGCGUCCUUGGAGUUUCCUUUUCUGAAACAAGAUCCUCCGGCUUCCUUCUGUCCUUCGCAAGGCUGCUGCAGAAGGAGCGUUUUGUCCUGCGCCUUCCGUCGGUGGGGCCCAAGACGGUCAAUACAGAUAGAGAUGGAGGGUUUUAGGUGACGAGGCAGCGAUUGGCACGAGGUUUCCGUAUAAUAUAAGCAUGCAUGCAACGCUCGCCUGCAGUUUCAGGUUCCAUGCUCCGAAUGUGGCGAGGCGAGGACGAGAAGGAAAAGAGGGUGGUGGGCAAUUGAAACGAGAGAUGGCGAGUGUUCGAGUGAGGGACUGAGGGGUUUGACUCAGGGGAGAGAUCAGGGGAGAGAGCGAAAAGGAAAGAAUUUGAGACUCGUUGCUGUCGCGAUGGGAGCACCGAUCUGGUGGGUCGUGGUUCUUUUGGUUCUUGGUUUGUCUGCGACUGUAAGUGUAGCAGAAUCUCAUCGACAAAAGCUCGGCCUGUGCUCUAAGAAGUCUAAUGAUGAUGAUGACGACGAUGAGUCCCCCUACAACACCGACGCGGGCCCAGUUCCCGAUAAGCUCAAUGUGCACCUAGUCCCCCACACACACGACGAUGUCGGGUGGCUGAAGACGGUUGAUCAGUACUUUGUCGGCUCCAAUAACACUAUCCAGGUUGCAGCUGUUCAGUACAUCAUCGGCUCGGUCAUUGAUUCUCUGCUAAAGAAUCCCGAUCGCAAGUUCAUUUACGUCGAGCAGGCAUUCUUCCAGCGCUGGUGGAGAUUGCAAAACAAGCAGAUGCAAAAGAAAGUGAAGAAGCUAGUGGAGAAGGGACAGCUCGAGUUCAUCAAUGGUGGAUGGUGCAUGCAUGAUGAGGCGACCACACAUUACUUAGAUAUGAUCGAUCAAACUACCCUUGGGCACCGGUAUAUCAAAGAUCAGUUUGAUGUCGCUCCUCGGAUCGGCUGGCAGAUUGAUCCAUUUGGACAUUCUGCUGUUCAAGGCUACCUUCUUGGAGCCGAGGUCGGUUUUGAUGCAUUAUUUUUUGCUCGAGCUGAUUAUCAAGACAAAGCCAAGCGCCAGGCGGAUCGCACUAUGGAAUUUAUUUGGCGUGGAUCUAAAACCCUGGGGGCGUCUGCCCAGCUCUUCGGUGGACUUCUAGGACAUCACUACGAUCCGCCACCAGAAUUUAGAUAUGAUAUUCACUCGGAAGCACCACUAUUCCAGGACGAUCCACUCUUAUAUGACUACAACGUGGAAGAGCGCGUUGAGCUCUUUGUAAAACUUGUUCAAGAACAGGCUGCUCAAUUCCGUACAAACCAUACAAUGUGGACCAUGGGAGAGGACUUCGCGUACGAAUAUGCGGAAACCUGGUUCAAGCAGUUGGACAAGCUCAUUCACUAUGUAAACUUGGAUGGGCGCGUGAACGUGUUUUAUUCCAGUCCCUCAAUGUACUUGGACUCCAAGCACGCCGCAAAUGAAACGUGGCCCGUGAAAGAGGACGACUUCUUUCCCUAUGCAGACUGUCCACACUGUUACUGGACGGGAUAUUUCACUAGUCGACCGGCUUUGAAGCGUUACGUGCGGAGACUAAGCGGAUUCUUGCAGGCAGCGAGACAACUUGAGUUUCUAGUUGGUAAAAAUGAGACGGGCCCGAACACAGAUUCCCUGGAGGAGGCAAUGGCUAUAGUACAGCAUCAUGAUGGAGUUAGUGGUACAGAGAGGCAGCAUGUCGCCAACGAUUAUGCCAAAAGGUUAUCCAUAGGUGCCGCCGAGGCAGCAGAAGUUAUCAGCACAGCUCUCAACCGCUUAAUUAGUGGGAACGUGCCCAAACCCGAUACGAAGAAGAAGGAAAAAGUCACUGCAAAGAAAUUGCUUAAAGAUCCAAAAUACGUAAUUCAGAUGCCUUCGAGUGAGGAAGUUUCAAAUGAAAGCCUGAAAUUCGAACUGUGCUUCCUUCUCAACGUCAGCUACUGCCCACCUACUGAAGUUGAUCUUUCAGGUGGAAAAACCUUGGUAGUGGUUGCGUAUAAUCCUCUUGGUUGGCCACGAGAUGAGAUGAUAAGGAUCCCGGUAACAAAUUCGGCACUUACAGUAACAGACUCUGACGGUCAAGCCAUACCCUCUCAACUGGUUCCCUUGAGCAAAAUUGCGAAAGGUCUUCGCGAGAAGUACGUCAUGGCACAUGAAGGUGUCCAUGCAGGAAAAGGAGAUCUUUCCUAUCUAGUGUUUCAAGCUUCUGUUCCUCCUGUUGGGUAUCGAACUUUUCAUAUUAGAGCAUCCGUACCAGGCUCUCCACAAUCUGCAGAGCACGCUUCUGUAGAACAAAACAAUGAGAGAGCCGGUCAUGUUAAGCUUAAGUCAAGCGGUGCACAUAUUCAGAUUUCUCUUCAAACAGGGAGAAUUGAAAAGAUGAAGGACGUGAAGACGGGUGUUAUAGCUGACGUUGAGCAGUCAUACUGCUGGUACAACGCCAGCGUUGGUAAUGCAUUUGAGAGCCAGGGUCAGGCAUCUGGAGCUUAUAUUUUCCGACCAAACAGUUCAGAAUGUUUUCCUCUUGGAACUCCUGAUGACACAGUCCAGUUAACAGUAAUACGAGGACCGUUAGUAGAAGAAGUCCACCAAACCUUUUCUCCCUGGAUAAGUCAGGUGGUCAGGCUUUACAGCAAUGCAGACCACGCUGAGAUCGAAUUCACGGUUGGACCGAUCCCUGUCGAAGAUGGCCUCGGAAAGGAGGUUGUUACCAAAGUUUCAACAAAUCUUGAAAGUAAUGGAGAGUUUUAUACAGAUUCCAAUGGACGUGAUUUUCUUAAGCGAGUUCGUAACUAUAGAUCAGACUGGACGUUGAAUGUCACUGAGGAAGUGGCAGGUAACUACUAUCCGCUAAAUCUGGGCAUCUAUCUCGCGGACAAUGAAACUGAAUUCUCCGUUCUGGUGGAUCGAGCCCUCGGAGGCGGAAGUAUACGAGAUGGAGAGUUGGAGAUCAUGCUGCACAGGCGGAUGCUACGUGAUGAUGGCAGAGGAGUAGGCGAUGUUCUCAACGAGGUUGUAUGCACAGGUGAUCCUGAAACAUGUGAAGGUUUGACGGUGCAAGGAACCUACUACUUACAUGCAAGUUCAAAGACCGAAGCACCAAAAUGGCGGAGAUCAUAUGGACAAGAAUUACUCUUCCCCGUACAACUUGCUUUCACGGUUCUCGAGAGCAGCGAAGCAAAUGUAGGGCCUGCUCUCAACUUCUCUCUCCUGGCUAGUGACUACUCCCUCCCACCGAACGUAGCCCUUCUGACUCUACAGGAGUUAGAAGAAGGGGAUGUGUUAUUCCGCCUUGCCCAUCUUUACGAGAUUGGGGAAGAUGAUAUCCUUUCUGCAGUUGCAAAUGUGGACACUCAGGCAUUGUUUGGAAAAAAACGGAUUGACAAGAUCGAAGAAGUGACUCUUACAGCAAACCAGAAGAAAUCCGAUGUGAAUCCAUUGCAAUGGAACGUCGAAGGGAAUAUAAGCUCAACUGUUCCACUACGUGGACAUCACCAUAAGAAGCACGAAGUUUUGGUGGAACUUGGUCCUAUGGAAAUCAGAACCUUCAUAGUCUCCUUCGAGUGAGGAGUUUUGAGAUAACGAAGUGUACAGCUAGACAUGGUGUCAGACUUUUUGAAAAGUCUGAUGUUUGUAAAGUUCUCCUUAUAUAUAACUAAAACAUUCUCAUCGAAGUGC